GGAGCAGCCUUUCCCUUCGGUCGGUGAGAGGAGCGGAACUACACUUCCCAGUGGCCUUUGCGGGAGCAGCGGAACUACGCUUCCCAGGGGGUUGCGGAGCUCGCUGGGCGCGUGGAACCGGGCGGUCGCUGGUUCCAACUCGCAGGAUGAUUCACGAGCUGCUCUUGGCGCUGAGCGGGUACCCCGGGGCCGCGUUCACCUGGAGCAAGAGGAGCGGCCUCCAGGUGUCCCAGGAGCUGCCGUUCCUGCACCCCAGCGAGAGCAGCGUCCUGAACCGGCUCUGCCGCCUCGGCACCGACUACCUUCGCUUCACCGAGUUCAUCGAGCAGUACACGGGCCACGUGCAGCAGCAGGAUCAUCACCCUUCCCAGCAGAACCAGUGUGGGUUACAUGGGAUUUACUUGCGGGCCUUCUGUACAGGGCUCGAUUCAGUGCUGCAGCCCUACCGACAGGCAUUGCUUGACCUGGAGCAGGAGUUCCUGGCUGACCCUCACCUCUCCAUCUCCCACAUUAACUACUCCCUGGAUCAGUUCCAACUCCUCUUCCCCUCAGUGAUGGUUGUGGUGGAGCAGAUCAAGACCCAGAAGAUUCAUGGCUGUCAGCUCUUGGAGACUGUCCAUAAACACAGCUGUGGGGGGCUGCCCCCUGUGCGUAGUGCACUGGAAAAGAUCCUGGCUGUAUGUCAUGGAGUCAUGUAUAAGCAGCUCUCUGCCUGGAUGCUGCAUGGACUGCUCCUGGAUCAACACGAAGAGUUCUUUGUUAAACAGGGCCCAUCUUCUGGGAAUGUCCCUGCCCAGCCUGAAGAAGAGGAUGAUGACCUGGGAAUUGGGGGACUAACAGGAAAACAGCUGCGAGAGCUGCAGGACCUGCGCCUGAUUGAGGAGGAGAACAUGUUAGCACCAUCUCUGAAACAGUUUUCUUUGCGAGUGGAAAUGUUACCAUCAUACAUUCCUGUGCGGGUUGCUGAGAAAAUCCUCUUUGUGGGAGAAUCAGUACAGAUGUUUGAGAAUCAAAAUGUGAACCUGACCAGAAAAGGCUCCAUCUUGAAGAACCAGGAAGACACUUUUGCUGCAGAGCUACACCGCCUCAAGCAGCAGCCACUCUUUAGUCUGGUGGACUUUGAGGCCGUGGUUGACUGGAUUCGGAGCACCGUUGCUGAGCACCUAUGGAAGCUGAUGGUAGAAGAAUCAGAUUUACUAGGACAACUAAAGAUUAUUAAGGAUUUUUAUCUAUUGGGGAGAGGAGAAUUGUUCCAGGCCUUCAUAGACACUGCACAGCACAUGUUAAAAACCCCACCCACAGCUGUAACUGAACAUGAUGUCAAUGUUGCGUUCCAGCAAUCUGCUCACAAGGUGUUGCUAGAUGAUGAUAACCUCCUUCCUUUGCUCCACCUUACCAUUGAGUAUCAUGGAAAGGAGCAUAAAGAUGCUUCUCAAGCUCGUGAAGGGCCUUCCCGGGAGUUAUCUCCCCGUGAAGCCCCCACGUCUGGUUGGGCAGCUCUGGGACUCUCUUAUAAAGUGCAGUGGCCAUUGCACAUCCUCUUCACUCCUGCUGUCUUGGAGAAAUACAACGUUGUAUUCAAAUACCUGCUGAGUGUGCGGCGGGUCCAGGCUGAGCUGCAGCACUGCUGGGCUCUCCAGAUGCAGCGCAAGCACCUGAAGUCCAACAGAACUGAUGCCAUCAAGUGGCGUCUGAGGGAUCACAUGGCCUUCCUUGUGGAUAAUCUUCAGUACUAUCUGCAGGUGGAUGUGCUGGAGUCUCAGUUCUCACAGCUUCUGCUACAGAUAAACUCCACUCGGGAUUUCGAGAGCAUCCGAUUGGCUCAUGAUCACUUCUUAAGUAACCUGUUGGCUCAAUCCUUCAUCCUGCUCAAACCUGUUUUCCAUUGCCUGAAUGAAAUCCUGGACCUCUGUCACAGUUUCUGUUCUCUGGUCAGUCAGAAUUUGGGCCCAUUGGAUGAGCGUGGAGCUGCACAGCUGAGCAUCCUGGGCUUCAGCCGUCAGUCCUCCCUCCUCUUCAAGAUUCUCUCCAGCGUUCGCAACCACCAGAUAAACUCUGACUUGGCUCAGCUGCUGCUCCGCCUGGACUACAACAAAUACUACACCCAGGCUGGCGGGACCUUGGGCAGUUUUGGGGUUUGAGCACUGAGACUCGUUUUUCUGGCUGAGAACUAGUGCACACAAGAUGCAGCAAGGACAACAGCUGCUGCUGCAGUGAAUGUAUAUGGCCAUUGGCCCUGUUCCUAGGGAAUUUGCAUUUUCCUGGCCAAAUCCUUCUCAAUAGCUGUUUAUAUUCAGUCAUUGCCAGGAUAUCAGUAUCUUCUGGAAAAAAUUAAUGGGGAGAAUGUCUCAUGCAGUCAGUGCUCCUAGUGACUGCAGGGAGCCAUUCUACUCAUUGAACACAGCAGUGAGCACAGGCUCCUGUGGCAUUUCUGUAUCCCUGCUGUACUUCAUGCCUGGUGUCAUUUUCUGAAGAGGAGGAAAUGCAAGAUCAGAGCUUCUCCUACCUCUUUAGCCAAACUGUUAACCUUUGCCACUAGGGAAGCACAGAGAGAUAAGUAUCCUACUAAAUGUCUGUGUAUGGUAAAAGGAUCCAACUGUAUGCAUAGGGUUCAGUUUGUACAAUAAAUCGUUUUACAGUUGCCAUGAUCUCAGAUUCAAACAAAUCUGCAGGUAUGUCUGAUGCAGCAGGAAGAAAUCACAGGAACUGAGUUGUAGGUGUACAUUGCUGUAAUGCUGGAUUAGGCAGCUAACAGUGUCUAUGCAGCCUAAGGUUUGUGCAGAUGCACAGUGGACUUUGUUUGAGCAAGAGAGAAGUAUGCAAGCUCGCUCUUUCUGUGAAAAGAGAAUUUAUCUUAACCCAAGGAGAGGUAAAGGUGGUGGUGUGGUUAGGUCUAAAAGCACCCCUGUUCUCACUUUCAGGUGACAUGAACAAGCAGCAGACAGUAUUCUCUCCUGCAAAUGUGAACAAAGUUGUUUGUCUGAGCAAUUGGCUGAACAAGAAGUAGGACUGAGUGGACUUGUAGGCGCUAAGGUUUUACAUUGUUAUUUUUGAAUGCAGGGGAUUUUUGUAUAUAAUUCUACAUUUGUAAGUUCAA